AUGCAGCUUGUUCCCAAGGAGAUCGAUAAGCUCCUUACAGCCCAGCUGGGCUCCUUAGCACAAAGGCGUCUUGCCAGAGGCGUAAAGCUGAAUCACGGUGAAGCUUGUGCUCUCAUCGCCAGUGUCUUGCAGGAGCUCGUCCGCGAUGGCAAUCACACCUGCGCCGAUCUCAUGGCCAUCGGAAAGCAGUUGCUUGGCCGGCGUCACGUACUGCCAGCAGUCGUAGCAACAUUGCACACGGUCCAGAUUGAAGGCACUUUCAAGACGGGUACCUAUCUCGUCACUGUAGACCAUCCCAUCAGCUCGGACGAUGGCGAUCUCGAAAAAGCCCUGUACGGCAGUUUUCUCCCCGUACCGUCCAAGGAGGCCUUCCCCCUCGCGGACGCCGGUGAGUACGAGGACGAGAAGAUGCCUGGCGCUGUGAUUCCCGUCAAGGAAGGAAGGAUAGUCCUCAGCGAAGGCCGCAAGAGGAUCAAACUCAAGGUCACCAGCAAGGGUGACCGACCUAUACAGAUUGGGUCGCAUUAUCAUUUCAUCGAGACGAACCCGGCUCUUGAUUUUGAUCGGGCAAGGGCAUACGGCUAUCAUCUCGACAUCCCCGCGGGCACAUCCGUCAGGUUCGAGCCCGGCGACACCAAGACAGUCACUCUGGUCGAAAUCUCCGGCAACAAAGUCAUCCACGGUGGCAACAAUCUUGCUACGGGUGCGGUGGAUCUCUCCCGUGUCGACGACAUUAUCACGAAACUCCAAGCGGCAGGUUUCGCCCACACGCCCGAACCAGCUGGUGACAUGGCAUACAUUGAUGCCGCGUCCUUGACGAGGGCAGAUUAUAUCGGCAUGUUUGGACCUACAACUGGGGAUCUUGUUCGCCUGGGUACUACGGAUCUCUGGGUGCGUGUCGAAAAGGACUUGACAAGCUACGGCGACGAGUGCAAAUUUGGCGGCGGCAAGACCCUCCGUGAAGGUAUGGGCCAAGCCAGUAACCGGCGCGACGACGAGGUUCUCGACACUGUCAUUACAAACGCUCUCAUCAUCGACUGGACAGGUAUCUACAAGGCGGACGUUGGCAUUAAACAUGGCGUGAUCAAGGGCAUUGGCAAAGCCGGAAACCCCGACGUCAUGGCCGGUGUACACAAGGACCUCAUCGUUGGCAACGGCACCGACGUGAUUGCUGGAGAAGGCCUCAUCUUGACAGCCGGCGGUUUCGACUCACACAUCCACCUCAUCUGCCCACAACAAGCGUACGAAGCCAUCGCAAGCGGCGUAACGACGUUCCUGGGUGGAGGCACGGGACCGUCAUCGGCGACAAACGCCACGACGUGCACGCCCGGCAAGAUGCACAUGAAGCAGAUGCUCCAGGCGGUCGACAGUCUCCCCGUCAACUACGGCAUCACGGGCAAAGGGAACGACAGUUCACCCGUCUCGCUCCGCGAAUCCUGCGAAGCAGGGGCGUGCGGGCUAAAGCUGCAUGAGGACUGGGGUACGACGCCUGCGGCCAUUGACACAUGCCUGAGCGUGUGCGAUGAGUACGACGUGCAGUGCCUGAUCCACACCGACACGCUCAACGAGUCCGGGUUCGUCGAGUCGUCGAUCGGGGCGUUCAAGGACCGCACAAUCCACACGUACCACACCGAGGGCGCCGGCGGAGGCCACGCGCCGGACAUCAUCAAGGUGGUGGAGUACGAGAACGUCCUGCCCUCGUCGACCAGCCCGACCCGGCCGUACACGCGCGACACGCUGGACGAGCACCUCGACAUGCUAAUGGUGUGCCACCACCUGUCCAAGAACAUCCCCGAGGACGUGGCGUUUGCCGAGUCGCGGAUCCGCGCCGAGACGAUCGCGGCCGAGGACGUGCUGCACGACCUGGGGGCAAUCAGCAUGAUGUCCAGCGACUCGCAGGCCAUGGGCCGGUGUGGCGAGGUCAUCAUGCGCACCUGGAACACGGCGCACAAGAACAAACAGCAGCGCGGCUUCCUGCCGGAGGACGCCGGUACGGGCGCCGACAACUUCCGCGUCAAACGCUACGUGAGCAAAUACACCGUCAACCCGGCCGUCGCGCAAGGCAUGAGCCACCUGAUCGGCAGCGUCGAGGUCGGCAAGGUCGCGGACCUGGUGCUCUGGCGGCCCGCCAACUUCGGCACCAAGCCAUCGCAGGUCCUCAAGAGCGGCCUCAUCGCCCAGGCCAUGAUGGGCGACCCGAACGCCAGCAUCCCGACGGUCGAGCCCAUCUGGAGCAGGCCUAUGUUCGCCCCGCUCGUGCCCAAGACCAGCAUCACGUUCGUGAGCCAGAAGAGCAUCGACCUCGGCAUCGUCGCCGGCUACGGCCUCGCGAAACGCGUCGAGGCGGUCAAGGGGUGCAGAAACGUCGGCAAGAAGGACAUGAAGUUCAAUGACGUCUUGCCCAAGAUGAAGGUUGAUCCGGAGAGGUACACCGUCCAAGCGGACGGGGUGGUUUGCACGGCUGAGCCAGCGACCGAGGUCGGAUUAGGUCAAUCUGCGUAUGUGUUUUGA